UCUCUCUCUCUCUCUCGUCAAGGAUGGUGUAUCAGCAGGCGCCGGAUCAGUCCGCGUACAUUGUCUUUGUGCAGGCGCUGCUUGUCGUUGGCCUCGUUCCUGCCACGAUCGUCCUCCUGAACCAGAUCUACGCCGCUCUCCGCCCGUCUGCGAGCACUGAGCUGGACAAGAAGUCCUCCAAAAAGUCCAUCAACAUCAAGCUACUUUCGAUUGUCAUUGGCGGUUGGGUUGCGUUCUGGGUGCUGUUCUACUGGGCCUCCGUGACCGUCGAGCCUCUCUGGGACCCCUAUGAAAUUCUCGGCAUCAGCCAUGGUGCCUCUGAGAAAGAGAUCAAGGCCAAGUACCGCGAUCUGUCGCGCAAGUACCACCCCGAUCGCAAUCCCGGCAACGACGUCGCCAGCGAGCUGUUUAUCAAAAUCGCCAAGGCGCAUGACGCACUCACCGACCCCGAAACACGUCGCAACUGGGAACUGUACAACAACCCCGACGGACCGAGAGCCAUCAGCGCCGGUUUUGCACUCCCUCGUCUUGAAAAGUGGCAGCUUUCUAUCAUUGUGCUCAUUGUUGCGUUUGGUUUGUACAAGGCCGUGAGCUAUCUUCGCCGCAACCGCGCGUUUGACGGAUCUGUCAAGGCGUAUGCCGCGUUUUACAAGCAAAUUCCGAUUGAUGCGAGCAUGGAAGACGUCCUGGAGCAGUAUGGCAAUGCGCCAGAGUUUAAUGAAGGAUUGAGCAGCAACCGUGCCGACAUUGAUUCUUUGCGUCAACAGUUGCAAGCGGAGCAUCGUGUAUUCCUGAAAGCGACUGCUACUCCCGCGUUGGUUUUGCUCUGGUCGCACCUCCGACGUGUGCAGCUGUCCGAUGGCAUGGCGAAAGACCGCACCAUUGUCUUGGGUCGUGUGCACAAGCUGCAUCGCGCAAUGCUGGGCAUCGCGGCAAACGCCACCAUUGUUGAUUGGGCUCAGUGCGAGGACGACGCUGAACGCGGUGACUUGUCGCUUGUCCUUACCAACUUGAUGGUUCGCCAAUGCGUCGUGCAGGCGAGUUGGCCGCGUGGUGGCCUUCCCUUGGCCGCGCCUGCCGAGUCGACUGCUGUCGUCAGUGCCUCCGACGAUUUUGUCGAAGGCGCUGUUGCCGAGCUUCUUCAAACACCUGGCCUCGUUACAGCGGAUGCCCUCCCGCUUGUUCGUCGCAAAUCCCCCGUCUACUCGCUGGCAACCUUGGGAGCAGCUUUGGAGCACGAAAGCUCACAUUCGCUUCUUCCGCUUUUGACCGCUGAAAAGCGUCUGGCUGUGUCUGCGUUCUUUGCUGCUUUGCGCUACCCGUACUUUGAGUUGCGUGUCGUCCCGGUCAUGCACUACUUUGUGCUCGAGAUUGAUUUCAGUGUUGUGAGCGCCGCAGAGUACAUUCGCCGUACCACAGGCAAGCUCAAGAUUGAGGCGGCCGACCCUUCAAAGAAGGACAAGAAGCAGUACAAGCAGUCACGCAUCCGCUCCAAGGUUGUCACUGCUGCAGUUGGUCAGGAGUCAGACUCUGGCUCGGAUGACGAGGACUUGCCCAAGGACAAGGCCGAUGCUGAGAAGCCGAAAGAAAAGGAGGCGAAGGAUGCCGAGAAGACCGAAAAGGCCGAGACCGAACCGGUCGAUGAGGCCAUUUCUGCCCCUUUCAUGCCUGCUCCAAUCGAAGAGCCGUGCUGGUACUUGAUGAUUGCCCCGCCGCGCCGUCACGGCAACACUGUGACCCAAACCGACGCCCUGCAAUGGUACAAGUUGGGAUGUGUUGUUUCGAUCUUGAAGAGCGAGAAGCGAACCGUGAAGAUUGCCUUCCCGUUCGCCGACAACCCUGGCGAGUACGCCUUGACUGUUCGAGUUGAAUCCGAAAACUACUACCACGUUUCGCAUGAAGCCACUGCCAAGUUCCAUCAAGUCGGUUUCCGCCCAAAGGCUCGUGAGCAGCAACAAGCUCAGGUAGCGGGCGGCAAGCAACAAGUGUCGCGAAAGCAGCGUCUGCAACAACGGCUUCAGCAGCAGCAAACGAGCCGGGGCCGUGGGGCUCCCGCGGACAACAGCGGUAGUGAAGACGAUGAACCCGGGCCGUCCAGCAGCUCUUCGGGUUCUUCUGGCUCGCAAGCUCGUCGACGUGUCCGUUAUGUUGCGCACAAGCCGCCAUCGGCUCUCAAGUCAUCGUAAAUCUACCCUCGGAUUUCCGUGUUGAUGGCCAGUGGAGUGUAUUUUGCAUCAGAGCGAGCGCGCUGUUUUUUGAGUUUCUUUGACAUGUCAACGAACAAACUUCAUCCUUAAAGCCUA